AUGGCGCGGGCACCUGCUCUGCCUGGGACAGACCCUGCCCGGCACCCGCCCGGCCAUGAGGACCUGCUCUGCUCAGCACGGGCACUGCCACUUGGUGUGGCUCACCAGGGCACCAGCCUCACAGAAGGCAUCUUCCUCCUCUCCUCAUUCAACAUUAUUCACUACCUUGGUUGUCUUUCCACAGGAAUCUGGUCGGCAGCCCUGAAUGGAGACCUGGGCCGAGUGAAGUAUUUAAUCCAGAAGGCAGCGGACCCUAGUCAGCCCGACUCGGCCGGCUACACCGCCCUGCACUAUGCCAGCCGCAAUGGGCACUACGCCGUAUGCCAGUUCCUGCUGGAAAGUGGGGCUAAGUGUGAUGCCCAAACCCAUGGGGGUGCCACUGCCCUGCACCGGGCCAGCUACUGUGGCCACACUGACAUCGCACGGCUUCUGCUUUCUCAUGGGUCCAACCCCAGGUUGGUAGAUGAUGAUGGCAUGACCAGUCUACAUAAGGCUGCUGAAAAGGGUCACGUGGACAUUUGCUCCCUCCUGUUGCAACACAGCCCAGCCCUGAAGGCCGUCCGGGAUCGGAAGGCACGACUAGCAUGCGACCUGCUGCCCUGCAACAGUGACCUGCGGGACCUGCUGGCCAGCUGAAUCGCCACCCUUCUGUCUCAGGCUGCCACACAGACUAGCUCUCCAAGCCCUCGCCUUGGUCAGCAUCCAUGGUGCAAGGUGGGAAACUGAGGCUAGAAGACUCAGGAAGAACCCCAUUCUGGCCACUGUGGAAGCGAGGGAGUGGAUUUAGUGGGGCCACAAGUGCUUAAGCCUGGACAAAUGGUCAUAUUCUAAAUUAGUUCAUAUGGAAACAUCCAUUUGGAAAAAGUAAAGUUAUAUCCUUACCUCA